AUGACCAAGAUACAACCAUUAUUUAAUAAAAUUGCUAUAAUAGGGGGAGGUCCAGCUGGACUUGCCGCCGCCAAGGCACUUGCUUUCGAACCUGUUAAUUUCGCAGCAAUUGAUGUCUUUGAAAGAAGAGACCACUUGGGUGGCUUGUGGUACCACAAUGGUGACAAGUCAUUGAUACAUCCUCAUGUGCCCAGUACUAGUCCAACGGAUGGUGAUAUUCCCGAUAAGAAUGCCAAUGCAUCAGACAUGUACUUUUCAGCAAUUUACCAAUAUAUGGAAACAAACAUUACCCAUUGGUUGAUGCUGUAUCGUAAUCUCCCGUUUCCCUCAGGAACAUUCAUUUACCCAGAGAGGCAGAAAGUGUUGAAGUAUAUCCAAGAGUAUAUUGAUACGAUACCUCAUGAAAAGGUAAACAUUCAUUUAAACUCCAACGUGACUCGAGUUGAAAGAGUAAAGGGAGUUUGGGAGAUUGACGUAGAGGGUUACGACAACACGGUGCAUUGUUUGGAGUAUGAUGCAGUGAUUAUUGCCAAUGGACAUUUCAACACCCCGUUUAUCCCCAAUAUUGAUGGAUUGUCUGAAUGGAAUAAACAGUUGCCCAAUACCAUUCUUCAUUCAAAGUAUUUUGAAUCGCCAAAUACUUUUAGAGGGAAAAGAGUACUAGUUAUAGGUAAUUCCGCUAGUGGAGUUGAUAUCUCAACGCAAAUCAGUACUGUUGCUGAAAAAGUGUAUGUUUCAGUACGAGACUUGGAGAAAAUUGGGUUUCAAAAUGACUUGAUUGAAUAUAUUGAUUUGAUUGAAAAGUACGAUUGGAAGGAUAGAUUGGUGGUUACAAAAUCGGGUUAUAAAAUUACCAACAUUGACGUCAUCAUUUUCUGCACUGGGUAUCUUUACAGUUUGCCAUUCUUGUCUCAAGAUGUGAUUAAAGACGGGGCACAUGUACACAAUGUGUACAAGCAAAUCUUCAAUGUUGAUGAGCCAUCACUUACUUUCGUGGCAUUAUUGAAAAAUGUUGUUCCUAUGCCAUUAUCAGAGUCACAAUCGGCAUUGAUUGCUCGAUUUUACAGUGGGAGAUACGAGCUUCCAAGCCAAAAAGAGAGACUGAAAUCAUACGAAAAAGAUUUGGUUGAAAAAGGUGAUGGGUCGAAAUUCCACGUUUAUGGAGUUCCUGAGGAUAUAGAGUAUUAUCGACACUUGCAAGAAUUGAUUGAUGCACAAGGGUUACGGACUCCUGGGUUAGUUGCACCAAUAUGGGAUGAUAAAUUGGCUCAUGAACGAUUGAUGUCGGCAGAAUUGAAAAAUAAGAGGUUACAGGAACUUGUUGAGCAUGUGAAAAAGUUACGAUCUGAAGGUAAGGAUUUUGAAUUACCACAGUAA